UAACGUCCUCACGUCGCUGCCUGCUAGCUGCCUAUGAUUCCUGUAUGCGUAACAUGCCCAGUGCAGCCUAUUACACAUAACUACAUGAUGCAAAACUUCUUCAACAGCAAAUCAGUGGGACAGCCUCAUCUGUAAAAUGUCGACAGUGUUGUUUGCCUCUGUGGUUCGCGUCGCGGACGGCCUGCCUCUCUCAGCAUCCACCGACUACGAACAGGAGAAAGACCUCCAGGAGACGAAGAGGCAUCUUAAGGGUCUCUCCAAGAAGCUCAACCAGUUCCCUGACCGCUGUACACUCAAGUCCGGAUCGUACAAUGUGAACUUCAUAUACUCGCUGGGUGUUGGAUACCUGAUGGUCUGCACUGGAAAUUACCCUAAUGUGUUGGCCUUCUGCUUCCUGGACGAGCUGCAGAAAGAGUUCAUCAUCACUUAUGACUCCAAACGUGUCAGCAGCGCCAUGCGGCCGUACUCCUUCAUCGAAUUCGACACCUUCAUCCAGAAGACCAAGCAGCGCUACAACAGCCCUCGCUCCCUGUCCACCAAGAUCAAUCUGGCUGACAUGCAGACAGAGAUCAAGCUGCGCCCGCCCUAUCAGCUUUCCCCAGAGGACCUGCAGGCUAUCAAUGGAUUCUCGGUGCGAGCCGCUUCUAAAUACAAGGGCAUAGCUCCCACACAGAUGUUGGAGCCGGCGACGCUCCCAGGCAUUGUGUCCUGUGUGCUCAGCAUCCUCUGUGGAGGCCUGAACCUGCUGAGAGGCGUCCAUGCUAUAGAGAGCAUACUACAGAAUGAUGACGAGGACUUUAAUUAUGUGAUUGCCUUCUUCCUCGGCACGGCGGCCUGUCUGUAUCAGUGCUACCUGUUUGUCUACUUCUCCAUCUGGAGGAACAGCAAGUCCUUCUUGGCGUUUGCGCUCAUCUGUCUGUCCAACAUGUACCUGUAUGAACUGAGGAACAUUUGGCAGAUCCUCUUCCAUGUAGCCGUGGGGGCCUUCAUGACCCUGCAAAUCAGACUGAGGCAGCCGCUGGGCAAAGCGCCAGACUACAAUGUCUGACGAAGAGCAAAAAAAAAAAGACUAACGCGCUGUAAGUCAGGUGCCCCAGCGCUGGUCCGUCAGACACACUGGAAGCAAAAACCAGCCUUCCCGAUUCAGAGGAGGAAAAGGAGGGGCGAGCAUUUCAGCGGUGCAUAAAUGGAUCCGUCUCCAUUUGGAUUUGGAAAGGAAAGUCUGCUGCGGUCCGACUGCUUCAUGGAUUUUAUUGGAUUGAUUUUAGAAGCUGCCUCCUCUCCUUUAUUGCGUGAUGAUGAUUUAUGGACUUCUUUUGCACAGCUCUGAUUUAGGUCACAGGCCCGUCUGCAGGAUUUCCACGGCUGCAAAUCCCAUGCAUUUGAAAGUUGUUUUUUUUUUUACUGCGUCCAACAGAAAAAGAAAAUGCUAAUAAAUGUAUUUAUGUUUUCAUGAUUGCAAUUAAAAUGAAGUGAAGUACCUUUCAGAAGGCAUUGAAACUGAACUCAUGACCUUUUCCCCUAUAUCUUCUUGUUAAACUAGCUCAUAUGUCAGCCGUGAGGUUUGUUAAAUAAAUCCUCAAAUGAAUAACCUGAAACUAAAUUUACACACCAGCAGAUAUUUAAUUGUCUUUAUAACUGGAGUGUGGAGUAUCUUACAUGUCUCCGUGGUUCAGGACACCUUGUUGAAUUAAAUUGGUCCAAUCCUUGUUUCUGCAGAGCUUGACGACGUAUGUCAACCAUUUAAAUCAGAUGUGUUGGAGCAGGGAAACGUCUAAAAUAUGUCGGAUACCGGUAUCUGUUUGAUUAAAAUUGGACUCGAUUAAAUUUUUUAAAUAUAAAAUCAGGGUUUUUGCCAUGUCGUAACUUUUCUCUCUAAGCUCUCUCUCAAAGCAGCAGCACCGGUUGCUGACUAUGCUGUAUUUUUGACUUUGUGUGGGGCAGAAAUUUGGACUCAUUUUCUCAUAAAUGCGUUAGUCGGCAGCUUUGUGUGCUUUAGAGGCAUACAGUUGGAUCACAGAACCAAAUGGACAACAUGUGUCGGGAGUUUCCUUUCAAUUUAUCUGAGGUCUGUUGUGAUCUUCACCCAGGUGGUUAAGAUGCAUCAAGAGAUUUUAAACACAAACGCAGCCUCAGCACGCCAUGUCUUUAUUCUGUUGAGGCUUGAUAUCAGCUGGUUGUGUGAAACACCCGCCUCCUGUUCCAUGUUGGGAACUUUAAGCUGACUGUGAUGCAUAAAGAACAUGUCUGCAGAUUGAAAGGAUAAUCUGAACUAGUCUUGAAUAAUUAAAAAUUCCGUUACAUUUUACAAAAAAUCAGAAAAAAUGUGCAAUACAGAAAUAUGUUCAAUUUGCGAAGUUUUAAAACCAUUUCAAUAAGGGCAUCUUGUAUUUAAUAUUGUUUAAGUUCUGUUUACGUCAGUAUUUUUGACAGAAUGUUUGCCACCCACAUCUCGCUUUAAAUUUUUCUUUUUUGAAAAAGAUCUACAUGGGAUUGUAUUACAAAAUGCUUUAUUACUAAUGCUUUACAAGCAGGUGACGAUAAUGUCAACAUGACCUACAUCAAAGCUCAAAAGAAGCUCUGCAGUCCGGCUAAAGGUUGAAGCUCAUCUUUCUUUUCUUUGAUACCAUUUCCUCCUUUUUUUUCCCAGUCGUUUCAACUUUAGCUCACAUUUAAGGUUAUUUGUUAGUGGAGUCAGGAGAAACGAGACGGAUAUUAACUAACCCAUAAAAACUUGAGUUUUCCAGGACAGAUGCCAGAGUGGGAUUGUGCAAAGUAUACCUCUUUAUCAUUGUUUGUAAUGAUGUCUAGAUACCAGUGCACAUGCAUAGUUUUUAAACUUGUAAGAAAAACUUGUGUGGAUGCUGGACAUAUUUUGCAAAAUGUCCACGUUGGUGUUGACAAUUAGGUGGAGAAUGUGUUAGGAAUUGCAUUGCGUUGCCAGUGUGCAUUUAUUUCAUUUGUAAGAGUAUGUGGCAAGAAAGUGAAGAAGCAAUCAGAAAACAAAUCUUUAGACUACAAGAGAUUAAAUUAGGAUAAAACAAAGAAAAGCUCCAGCAGGUAGUUUUUUUUAACUUUGAUACCAAGAGGUAACAACCUGAAAACACACAGAGAAACUCAAUAAUCUGAAUUUUUCAUUCUUUUUUUUACCUUUCGUUCAUGUUCUGCCUACUUACACCUAUGCUUUCUUUUAAACCCAGCACUGGUAUUUCUUCAACCGUAUCCACAGUAGAAAUGUCCAUUUUUGGUGUCGAGGUGAAACUAUGCAACGCUGCCUUCCUGUUUGAGUCACUCAAACUUUAAAUUAUUCACUAAUCAGGGGUAAAACACUCAUAUCUUUUUUGUUGUCUUUUGCAAGAGCUCAUUAUUUAUUCAAUGACUGAUUUUGGUGCAAGAUGUAAUCAUUUCUGAAAUUCGUGUUUUGUUUUUUUUUAAUUGUUGCGUUUUCAUCCAGACGUGUAUAAAUGUGUACUUGUGACAACAUAAAGCUCCUGUCGGCUCAGACGGUUAGCAGCCGCAUCCUUCCUCGCCUACACAGCCUCCAGCGUUUGCCAGUGUCACAAUGACUGUGUGAAUAAACACAUCCGUGUUGCCAACAGCAA